AUGAGUGAGAUUGAGCAGCAGAUGGAAGAGAAAAAUGUGCCGAUACCAUUCGUAGAUAACAUUCAACCAUCAUGUGAUAUCCCACUGCUAUUCAAGAUACGCGAUGUAGAAAGUCGAACUAAGAAAGUGAUAAGAAAACCAGAUAAAAAGAGGGGAUUCGUAAAUUGGUUGAUGAAAACAUGCACUUGUAGUGGAAUAUCGGAUGAAGAGGUGCAAUAA